AAUUUAUCCAAAUAAGAUGAGAAUUGAAUCUGAUGAAGAGGUCAAUACAGGAUUGCUUUCAUGCAUUCAUAAAAUGGAAAAAAAUUCAGCAAAAGUUGAUAUGAUUCUUGAUGAAAUUGAGAAAUACAAGGCAGCUACAGGCACCUUUGGUUUUCCUUCAGCUAUUAGAGGAAGAACAACCAAAUCUCCAGCUGCUUGGUGGAAAACAUAUGGUUCUUCAACUCCAAACCUACAAAAGUUUGCUGUAAAGGUUCUGAGUCUCACAUGUAGUGCAAGUGGUUGCGAAAGAAAUUGGAGUGUAUUUGAGCAUCUUCAUAGUAAGAAAAGAAAUCGGCUAUUUCAAGAACGCUUGGACAAUUUGGUAUAUGUGAAGUACAAUAGAGCGUUGCUACGCCGACACACUUUUGGGGAUAUCACAACACCUAUUGAUUUGGCAAAUAUUGAUGAGAGUAAUGAAUGGUUGCUUGGUGAAUUAGAAAAAGGUGAUGGGGAUGAUGAUGAUGAUGAUUCUCUUGUUUUCAUGAAUGACGUAUUGACCUGGGGUGAUGUUGGUAGAGCAGCUGGAGUUUCUGAAUCUCGUUAUGAAUCGAGAACGGCUGCAAGAUCAACACCACCAGUUGAAACUCCAUCAUUUCGAAGGCCUCGUGCAAUGACAGGUGCAUCCUCUUCGCAAGUUAAUGAUGAUGAAGAAGAGGAGGAAGAAUUUGUGAUGGCCGUUGUUGAAAAUGAAGAUGAUUUUGGAAAUCUUGAUGAUGAGUAGUUUUAGUUAUAAGUCUUUUAUGUACUUAUUGCAUUCUGUUUAUUAUGACUUACAACUUAUUUUUAUGUAUUAAUGUCUGAACUUCUAUAAUUUAUAUUUUCUAUUAUGUGACUUAUGACU